UAUAUAAUAGUAAUAAUUUUUUUCUGCAUAUCAACAACUAUUAUUCGAAAUGACGCUUCUGUUGUGUUAAUCACAAUGUGUCGAGGUAUUUUAUUUCAAUCAACAAUGUCGCUGAUAUGAGAAUUGCAUGUUACUUACUGAAAAUGAUGACGCUGUGUUUAUUGUCCUAUACCAUGAUAUUAUUUAACCAACAUUCUAAAAAGGUGAGUUGUGUUUUAUUGUAUGAAACAUUGUUGUUCUUUAAUGAUUUUAUAAUAAUUUAGUGUAAAUAAUUAAUGCAUAUAAUAUGUUAAUACAUAUUAUAUGCAUUGAAGAAGGUUUGUUUUUAAGUUGUUUUCCAUAAAUGUUCAAAAAUAUUAUAAGUAGUCUUGUCCUUGUAUAGUGUGUCACUGACUUUCUUAAUUACUCUGUGCCUUUAAUUGUAUAAUAAUUAUUGUAUUGCACUAUCGCCCGACCCAAGGCUCCACGGAAGACCAGCGCUGUGCCACCAUCAGUGUCAGAGCAUAUGUCGAGUGGUGUCCUUUUGCAACCACAAACCAAACCCAAUGUAACUGAUUUUGUACUGUUUAGUAUGUAAGCCUCAUAUUGUAUAUUUUAUUUGGCUGCAAUUAAUGUCUUUAUUUUCUUACUUUCUUUCUUCUUUCAAAAAUGUUUAAUACUUACGUAGGUAGCACCCGAACUAACGAAAAACGAUAGUGUUGAUGGUAUUUGUCAUAUAUAUAUAUACUGAAAUAAAAAAUAAAAAAACAUUUUGAACUUAAUCGGUAAGUACUCGUGGUAGCGGUCAUAUUUACACGUGUUGCAAGACUUGCGGUAUUAUUUGUUAAUUCGAUACUUUGUCGGCGCUUUGUGAAAUACAAGUGGUAAUAUACUUUGAAUAUAAAUUAUGUGCUUCAAUUUAUAAAAACGAUAAUAUUUAUUUAAAUUUAUAAUAUUUAGAUCUAAAGUUGAAUGUCAGAACUUGGUUCUUUAGUCAUAUAUUUAUGUUUCGAUUUAAUAUCAACUCAUCAAAUAUUUCACUAUAAAAUAAUGCGUUUUUAUGCAACAAUUUCUUUACUAUUCUGUAUUGCGACGUGAAGCUGCUCGUUAUUUUUGUUAAGUGAGGAAUCUGCAACUUUCAACUUCAUUUAAAAUGUCUGACUCCGAAUGUUCAGUAUACACGCGCACGCCCUCACCUGAACCGAAGAAGAUUGCUACAAAGAAUAUCAAGAAAAGGAAAUCAUCCUCAGCCGCAAGGUCCGAAGUUGAAACAGAAAAUCGACGGGUACUACAUUCAUCCUCACCAACACCUUGCGCGCAAAAGAAAAAAACAACCAAAAAAGCACGAACGUCAACCAGUGAAAAUAAGAAUGUUGGCUCUAGUUCUUCCAAAAAAUCGCCUGAAACCGAUAUCUUCAAAAUCAUAAGAGAAGAAGAGAAGAUCACCAGCGAGGGCAGUUCGAAAACCGUCAAGACAACAUCAUCGUUUACCAGCCGCGUAUCGACAGGUUCUAGUCGACGCACUACGAUAACAGACGGUAAUUUUUUCAUUGAUUUAAAAGUGUAUAACAUUAAUGAUUACCAAAAAUCUGAGCCUGAAGAACGUUAUAAAAAAGCAUUAGCGUCGGUUAAAUUGCAAUGUCAAGAGAAUUCCUCCGAGUGGAAUCAAAUACAAACGUUCUUAGGUCAAGCCUUUAAUAUUUUUGGAGAAUGUGAACCUGUUUAUUAUAAUAAUUAUAAAAAAAAUUAGUUGAAUAUUUUCAAAUCU